CAGGGGGCAAAAAGGUCAAAUACCUAGAUCUUUGGCAACUUCACUUCGGUACAAUUAGAGAACUAUUUUGGCAAAAUGUAUAUAAAGUAUUAAUCUAUAAUGCAGAAUGGCACAGAGUGUUAUAACAGACAUUACUCACAAUUAGUUAGGGAUAUAGGAAUAUUUCAGUGUUGGUAGUUUUGAGUAGUGUAUAUUUAUGAGUGGAUGAUUAUUACUUAUGUCUCAGCAUGUAGACAGCAUUUUUAAUGUGGCGUCUGAUCGAGGUGGAGCUCAAUUUGACCAAAUCGUACACUUAAAUCGACAAUAUAUUCUGUGAUCUGACCCCAUGCCUUACAUGUUGGAUCAUAAUCUGAACAAUAAACUGAUGAGUUUAUCUGUAAAAUAAAUAUAGUGAAGUAAAGUAGAAUAUAUUCGUCAUAAAUGUGAUAGGGGACAAAAAACGGAAGUACAAAAAAUGUACCCAUGUGCAGCUAUUAAUUUAAAAAAAAGUAUUAAAAGACGUUGACGUUAAGGAAUUAAUGUAUGUCACGAUUUAUAUAAAUCUAUUUUAUGCAUGCACGUCUGUCAAGGCUUUUAUUUUGAAUGCUGUCACCGGAAGUCUUGAUUCUGACCCCCCAUAGCUAAUUUUUCAUGAUCCUGACGCAGGCGCACUCCCCGAAUCCCCAUUAAAACAAUCUUAGCUAGGUGGGCAUCUUGCGCUGUUCUGGUGAAAACAUACAUCGACUGAUUCACGAGGUUACCGACCACAUCGUCGCCAUGACGUCCAGCGGAUAUCUGCAGGCGGCGGUGCUCCUGCUGGCGGCGCAGCUCCUCUGUCUCGGUGCAGCUGAUGCGGACCAGGAGACCGGGACUGUCAUCCCUGCUGAAAGUCGCCCAUGUGUGGACUGCCACGCAUUUGAGUUCAUGCAGAGGGCACUGCAAGAUCUAAAGAAGACGGCCUUCAACCUGGACGCCAGGACGGAGACGCUGGUGCUGAGGGCGGAGAGGAGGGCUCUGUGCGACUGUAUGCCCACCAACUCACUGCGCUGAUCUCUGCGCGAAAGACACCCGAGGGACGCUUCCACCUGCCGUCACACACGCACCGGCACCGAAAACAAGCCGCGUUUUCUAAAACCUCUACUCAUGCGCACUGGUUUUUCAUCUUUAACUUAUUGACAAAAAAAAAAAAAAAAAAAAUAGGCACUUUAUUUUCUUUUUUUCUCUCAUUUCUCCGUCGAGUGAAGCUUUUCAGUUGAGAUCACGUAUCACCAGACGACUUUUAUAACACCAGUGUUUUUACAUCGUGAACACAUGCUGUGAAAUUUACGAUUGUCUCCAUUGCCACUGGACUGGGGUCAGUCCUCAUUUGUCUCCUAUGAACAUAAACUAUUUUUUGUACUUUUUUCAGUAAUUGACUGUAUAAUGUAGAUACAGUAGAAUGCAUCCCGUAAGUGUACUCGUUGAAUGUGUUGUACGAGAUAAAUGUUUACGACAAUUUUACACAUCAAACUGUAGCAUCACGCGGAAUUUUAUUUUAACUGCUCAAAACAGACAACAGUUCGAAUUCGUUAUAAAUUGGGAAUCAGUCAAACUUUGCUGAUUAUAAAGCAAGUUGAUUGCGAGGUUGGGUAAACUUAUUAAAGGAGUUUUUCUUUGUAACCAUGAUGAUUUUUUUUUUUUCCUGUAAAGAAGAAGCGGUCGUCAGAAAGAAUUGUGAAGUUUCAACAACGGUAUUUUUCAGAUGUUUUGUUUUUCUAGGCGGGGAGGAAAAAAAAAAAAAGCGUAUCCGUAGGUCUUGAUUUAGCACAGCACUGUAGCAUGAAUUUACAGCACUUUUUGUUAACCUACUGUUAAUAUAGAUUGUAUGUAUAGAUUCUGUAUAUGUACAGGGGUUACAUGUAAUGGAGGUGUCUACAGACAUUGUCUUCUCUGUCAGGAUAAAGGUGUAUGCAAGAAAAAGGGAAGAACGACAUAGUGUCAAAUGAGCUGCAGUAUCCGCAGGCGAAGGGAGGAAGGUUAGCUGCAGCAGGGGACGUAGAGAUAGAAAUAAUAAUUGUCUUAUUGUUGCUUGUUCAUGGAACAGUGUACUUUGUUAACAUUGUGUCACAAGAUGCCCCAUUUAUUGUCUUAAUGUUGUACCUAUCAAUAAAAACAAUGAAUGAC